ACCAAGAGUAGGUAUUUAUCACAGACAAGAGCUGCAAUUGUCGGCUUGGUUUGUCCAGUGUGAAUUUCCAUUCAUCUCAGAAAUCAAACAAUUCUCGGUACAUCAAAAACCUUCACAAACACGAAACCUAUCCUCAAAAAAGCAACCUAGCAUUCCACACGAAAACAUAUACAGAAACUCAUCUUCCAUCACACACCAUGUCUUUCGCCGUUCGCCGUGUCGCUCUUGCUUCCCGCACAGCUGCCGUCUCGACUGUGCCAAGGGCAACAUUCACCACCGGCUCGAUCCUCAACAAGACCCCCACAGAGUCAGUCAAGGAUGGCCUGAAGAAGGUCGACCGUGCCGUGAGCGACAAGCUCGUUGACGGAAUCAACGUCGCUGCCAACGUUGGUCAGAAGGCCAAGGAGGUCACCGAAGAAAUGUCCUCGAGCGAGGUUGCAGGCAAGGCCAGCGAGCUUGCCGGAGAGGCCCAGGGCAAGGCUAGCCAGCUGGCAGGACAGGCCCAAGGAAAGGCGAGCGAGAUGGCCGGCCAGGCCAAGGGCAAGGCUGCUGAGGUUCAGGGUCAGGCUCAAGGAAAGGCCGAGGAGAUCAAGGGCAAGAUGUAAAUCGGUUCCGAAUGAGGCUCCAUGGGGAGGAAGUGGUGCGGUGCUUUUUUGUUCUUUUUUACGUAUGGCGUUUCACGGAUUGCAUCGAGUCAGUUUAAUUUAAUUUGGCGUGUAAGAUAAAUUUACGAAUAUGCCAC